AUGCACGCCACCCAAGCCCCCUGUAGCGCCGCUCCCGCCGUGGUGAGCCAUGCCGUGCCUGCUCAUCACGGGCUGAGCUCAUCUCUCCCAGCAGUGCCCGCAGGGAAUGGCAGUCUGGUGCCAGCCUCCACCCUGGUGACAAAGGUUGUCCCUUCUACCCAGGCGGCCAAAGUGACUAGUGGCCCUAAAAUGACAGCAGCGCAGCAAAGGGCCCCCCUGAAAGCGUCAGCAAUCCAGCUGCCGGCAAACUUCCAGAUCCCCCCCGGUACUGUCCUUUUGAAGAGCAGCAAUGGGCAGCUUAUGCUGGUCUCCCAACAAGCUUUGGCAAGAGCUCAGGCCCAGAAUCCAGGAAACCAGCUGGUAUCGAGCCUGGCAAGCAGCAAUGGGAAAGCUGUUCCUCUGUCUGCAUCCUUGACUCCUGUGUCCUCAACAGUAACUUUUCAGAGGAGCCCUAAUCAAAUGCAAUCUACUGGCACUCCAAGUGGAACCGUCAAAGUUUCCUCAUCUGUAGCUUCUAAAGCAAAUACCUCGGUUCCCAGUUCUACAUUUCUUAGGAUUUGCACCACUCCACAAACUGUAUCUAAUAGCCAAGGAACCUCUACAGUAAUAAUUAGAGCCUCUGCCCCUUCUCCUGUAACCAUUUCAUGCACUUCACCUGCUGCCACCACGACCACUCCGUCCACUGUGGGUGUGACUGGCACUUCUGCUCUGGCACUUAAUUCUAGCACUGUUGCGGUUUUACCUAUUAGAACAUCAGUAUCUCCAGUUACACCCAUUGCUGUGAAUUCUUGUAGUUCAGUUGUGAUGCCAACUGCAACUGAAGUCCUGGAUAACGUAAAGAAGUGCAAGAAUUUUCUGGCAACAUUAAUCAAACUGGCAUCAAGUGGACCUCAGUCACCAACCAUGGGGCAAAAUGUCAAAAACCUGGUGAAAAACUUGCUGGAUUCAAAACUUGAACCAGAAGAAUUUACCACAAAACUGUACAAGGAGCUGAAGUCCUCGCCACAGCCGUAUCUCGUGCCUUUUCUCAAGAAAAGUCUUCCUUCACUGCGCCGUCUGAUGCCAAAUUCCCAAGAAUUUAUCUUGCAGUGUGGACAUCAGAACCCUGUGCCAGUGACAACUGCAACAAAUUCAAUCACUUUUGUUAAGAUUACACCGUCCUCUGCCACACAGACCGUAAAACCAGUUGGCUCCACAGCACAUGGCACUGUGCAAGUCCACCAGGCUACUUGUGCUUUGCCCCAGCCUCUCGGUACAUUGAAACCUAUGAACAUUAAACAGAUGGUAGUUCAGCAGCCAAGCAGUGGGCUUGUGAAGCAAGUGACCACGCUGCCCUCAAACGCUGCACUUAACAAGCCUGGAGAAAAACGCCUCCCUGUGAAUGCCCUAAUACAAACGGGUCACCUGCCACCAGCAUCAGUUGUGAAACAGAUCACCGUUCCAGGGAAUAAAGUUAUAUCCCUACAAGCAUCCACUCUUCCCAUGAAGGAGAAUAACUCUGCUUGCUUCAGGGAAGAAGAUGAUAUAAAUGAUGUGACUUCUAUGGCCGGUGUUAAUCUGAAUGAAGAAAAUGCCUGUAUAUUGGCAACAAACUCGGAACUAGUUGGUGCAGUGAUUCGAUCUUGCAAAGAUGAACCAUUUUUAUUUACAUCUGCUCUUCAAACCCGAAUCUUGGACAUAGGUAAAAGGCAUGACAUUAAGGAACUUAACUCUGAUGUUAUGAACUUGGUCUCCCAUGCGACGCAGGAAAGAUUACGAGGGCUCAUUGAAAAACUGACGGUGGCGGCACAGCACAGAUCCACCAACUGCAAGCAAAGUGAUCGCCAUGUCCAGUCUAGUGAUGUCCGAGCACAGCUCAAGUUUCUUGAACAACUCGAACACCUUGAGAAACAACGCAAGACUGAAGAAGAGCGAGAAAUGCUUCUUCGGGCUGCUAAGAGCCGGGCAAAUAAAGAAGAUCCAGAGCAACUGAAGUUAAAGCAAAAAGCCAAAGAGAUGCAGCAGCUGGAACUGGAGCAAAUACAAUACAGAGAGGCGAAUCUUGCAGCACUGGCUGCUAUUGGACCAAGAAGAAAAAGACCCCUGGAUACAAGCAUACAAAAUGUAAUGGAGGGAUUUCACACAUCUGGUUCUUCAGUUUUCAGUGUACCCAAAUCUAUAUUUGUUCCAAGAAUAACUCGGGUUAGUCUCAGGGAUUUAAUAUUCUGUAUGGAACAAGAACGGACAACCAAGCAUUCCAUGUCGCUGUACCGAGCCCUUCUCAAGUGA